GCAGGACGAGCUGGGACGGCCAUGGAUCGCGGUGCCCAGGCUUCCACCAGUGUUCCCAGCCGUGGGAUACAGCUCCCAUUCCAGCUUUCCUUGCUGCAGAUCCCAGCACUCUCCUCCUCCUAGUCGGGAUAUAAGCGAGUCACCCAGACAAGCAGGAGCAGCCGAGGCGCUCGGUUGGGGACAUCGAGCCGUGACCUGAGCCGUGUCCUUUCGCCACCGGACCCCAAUGGCGACCCCUUCGCAGAAGAGGAGCACCCGUAGCGGGGCUUCGGGGACCCCCCUGUCCCCGACCCGCAUCACGCGCCUGCAGGAGAAGGAGGACCUGCAGGAGCUCAAUGACCGCUUGGCUGUCUACAUCGACAAGGUGCGCUCCUUGGAGCUGGAGAACGCGGGGCUGAGGCUCCGCAUCACCGAGUCCGAGGAGGUGGUGAGCCGGGAGGUCUCCGGCAUCAAGGCUGCCUAUGAGUCGGAGCUGGCGGAUGCCCGCAAGACCUUGGAUUCCGUGGCCAAGGAGAGAGCUCGGCUGCAGUUGGAGCUCAGCAAAGUCCGGGAGGAGCACAAGGAGCUCAAAGCCCGGAAUGCCAAGAAGGAAGGGGACCUGCUGACAGCGCAGGCGCGGCUCAAGGACGUGGAGGCUCUGCUCAACUCCAAGGAGGCCGCGCUCUCCACGGCCCUGGGCGAGAAGAGGAACCUGGAGAACGAAGUGAGGGACCUGAGGGCGCAGGUGGCCAAGCUUGAGAACGCCUUGGGUGAAGCCAAGAAGCAGCUGCAGGAUGAGAUGCUGCGCCGCGUGGACGCCGAGAACCGGCUCCAGACGCUGAAGGAGGAGCUGGAAUUCCAGAAGAACAUUUACAGUGAGGAGCUGCGGGAGACCAAGCGCCGCCACGAGACGCGGCUGGUGGAGAUUGACAAUGGGCGACAGCGGGAGUUCGAGAGCAAGCUCUCGGAAGCCCUGCAGGAGCUGCGGAGCCAGCACGAAGCCCAGAUCAGGCUCUACAAGGAGGAACUGGAAAAGACCUAUGGGGCAAAGCUGGAGAAUGCCAAGCAGUCGGCUGAGAGGAACAGCAACAUGGUGGGUGCUGCCCAUGAAGAGCUGCAGCAAACCCGGAUCCGCAUCGACAACCUCUCCUCGGAAGUCAGCCAGCUCCAGAAGCAGUUGGCCGCCAAGGAAGCGAAGCUGCACGACUUGGAGGAUAUCCUGGCCAGAGAACGUGAGACCAACCGGCGCCUGCUGUCCGACAAGGAGCGAGACAUGGCUGAGAUGAGGGCGCGCAUGCAGCAGCAGCUCGAUGAGUACCAGGAGCUGCUGGACAUCAAGCUGGCUCUGGACAUGGAGAUCAACGCCUACCGCAAGCUGCUGGAGGGCGAGGAGGAGCGGCUGAGGUUGUCCCCCAGCCCGUCCUCCCACAAAGGUACAUCCCGGAGCCACUUGUCCACCCCGGGCUCCUCCAAGAAGAGGAAGCUGGAGGACAGCGAGAGCCGGACCAGCUUCUCCCACCAUGCCCGGACAAGUGGCCGCGUUGGUGUGGAGGAGGUUGACUUGGAGGGGAGGUUCGUGAGGCUCAGGAACAAGUCCAACGAGGACCAGGCGAUGGGGAACUGGCAGAUCAAGAGGCAGAAUGGAGACGAUCCCCCCAUCACCUACCGCUUCCCCCCGAAGUUCACCCUGAAGGCUGGACAAGUGGUCACGAUCUGGGCCUCAGGGGCUGGGGCGACCCAUAGCCCCCCCAGUAACGUGGUGUGGAAAGCCCAGAGCAGCUGGGGCUCUGGGGACAGCCUGCGCACUGCCCUCAUCAACUCCAAUGGGGAGGAGGUGGCCAUGCGGAAGCUGGUCCGCACCGUGAUCAUCAACGAUGACGAUGAGGAUGAGGACGAUGAUGAAGUUAACAUCCACCACCGCCAUCACCACGGCAGCUGCGGUGGCCCCGGGGACCCCGGUGAAUACAACCUGCGCUCACGCACCGUGGUCUGCGGCACGUGCGGGCAACCGGCUGACAAGGGGGGCAACCAGAACGUCGCCACCAUGUCCUCGGGCUCGUCCACCUCCAGCGUGACCGUCACCCGCAGCUACCGCAGCAUGGGCGACUCCGGCAGCAUCGGCCUCGGGGAAACGCUGGUGACCAGGAACUACCUCCUGGGUGACUCCAGCCCUCGUCGGCAGGCUCAGGCCGUGCAGAACUGCAGCAUCAUGUAACUCCGUGGCACCAUUCCUGGGAUCCCUCGGCAGGUUUUGCUUUCCCAAAGCCAGAGUACUUUGGUGUUUUCUUUUCAACCCACUGACAUCCAGCACCAACGUUGGGAUUUUUUCUUUUCUAGAGCAGGAAUUUUAUAUAUAAAUCUAUUCAAAACGCUUCCAGAUGCUUUGAUUUUUUGUUUUUGUAAAGAAAAAAGAUCUAUUUCUAUAAAAAACAAAAACCAAACAAAAAAAAAAACCAAAAAAGCUUUUUCAGCUUCCAAAUCUUUUUAAAACUGCAGCCAAAGACAAGGAGGAAUUGUGUUUACGGAGCAGGAGAUUGGAAUUCGACAGCUCCAUAGAUGCUAUCCUAGUAUUUGCCAAAGCUUUUUCUCUAGGGCUGGGAGAAGCGAAGCCAUUCCCAUGGGGCUGAGCAGAGCAGCUCUGAUGCUGGUGCCUGACGUGGAGCGAUGCCUCGAGCAACUCGGGCUCUUUUGGGGAUUUGCUCCCCAAAUUCCCAUUUUUUUCCCCCUUUUUCCCCCAUUUUCAGGUCCCCGCUCGCGGGCAUCCGGCAGCAUUCCCGUCACUCCAUGUACUGUAUUCCCCAGCCCAAGCGCCUCUUUGCCCCUUGGGGUCUCUCGUUUAUAAGCAGCCAAGUUGUGCCUUAGCCAAGGCGGGAGCCGCUCCGGAGCAGGGAUCCCGCACGGCAUCACGGGUGGAUGGAAUAUGGGAAGUGAAACGCCCUGGAGCUGUAUGCUGGGACCAGAUGGAUUCGGUGGAUGGGGUGAUGGACCUC